CAGUCAGGGUCAGCCAAUCAAUCAGUAGACGAAUGACAUGAUCCCCGCGAUCCGCAACUGGUAGCACGACUCUUCUCUUCACUUCUUCCUAGCAUACCGCAUCUGUAGCACCACUUCACUCCCGCAGCAUACCGUCCUCCUCGCCCCUGGCGUCAGUUCAAGCGCAGGACAAUCGAUACCUCACACGAAAGCAGGCUCGCGCCUCUUCCUCUUCAAGCGUCUUGCCACCUGCCCAUCAUGGCGACCAACUACCCCUUUUCCAACAACCACCGAGCUCAAAGCGACCACACGCAUGCAGCCAAUGGCUACAACUACUAUCCUGAACAAGACCAGUACGAAUUUCACGACGCUUCCACUGGGCAAGAGUACGACAAUGCUGCCACGAACGAUCGCAGCUCGGUGCAGCAGCAUGGAGCAGAUUGGGGACAGAACGACGCCGCUCGCUACAACGACAAUGGUGGCUACAGAGGAACUGAUUCGCGCGACCUGAAUGCGCCACAAGGCUACGGUCAGAACGACUAUAAUGAGAAGAAUGCCGCAACAGGCGCUGGCAUCGUGGGUGGGUACGGACGCAAGAGUCGCUUUGGCCAGUCCAACCGCGACUCGGUCUUCUCAGCCGACGACCGCCACGUCUUCUUCCGACGCAGCUGGCCUGUCAGGACACUACGGACACUCUUCUGCAUCAUCAUCUGUGCCAUCAUCAUCAUCAUCACCGUAGUCCUGCUGGUCAUCACAUUCGCGCUACCGCCCAAUGUCGCCCUCCUUUCGGUCAAUGUCCCCACCACCGAUGACUUCUCCAUCUCCGGUUCCACAUUCAGCGCCAAUGGCUCCAUCAACUUUGCUAUUUCCAACCCGAACCCAUUCUCUGCUACCAUCAACCACAUCACUGCAAACGUCUACGAUGCUGCACUUGCAGACAGUACAUCGAUUGGAAAUGGUAGUCUGAUCGACCAAAAGAUUGCGGGAAACGCGAACACGACCGUCGUCUUCCCAUUCGACAUUGGACUGGAUGUUUCUUCGUCGGGUGAGACCUUGAUCGACAGUGUCGUCUCACAAUGUGGCAUUGGGACAACCUCAAGUACUGGCCAGAAGCUCACUGCUCUCAUACAAGUUAGCGCCCGUAUCACCGUCCUCUCCGUCGGCGUCAACAUUCCCAUCUCACGCAACGUCAGCUUCAGCUGUCCCACCAGCGAGCUAACAUCCAUCCUCGAAAGUCUCACCGGCAAAAGCUCUGCCGCUGCAGCUGUUGCCGCCCUCACGGGUAGUAGCAGUCGUCGCAGUCUUGCGGAAGUUCUGGCUGGGAAAGAAGGGCAACUCGAGGCGAGAGGUGGACUCAGUCUUCUGCCCGAAGGGGAAAAGUUCGACUGGGAGCUCAACAGGAGGGAGAUCUUCCGACAGCUCCUCGAGCCGUGGUUCCCUCGAGCAGCAGCAGAGUCAGCCAAGACGUCUGACCUGAAGGAAGAGGUAGAGAGGAGGUCUCUCAACCCGGAUCUUUGAAAACCCUUUGUAUCUGCAUAUAUCACCUGGUUGUGAGCUGAGGGACACAGCGCAUUGGUCGCCUUUUUGCUGUCCCAUCUCACUUCCACUCUGUACAUAAUCCGCACAAUAGUCCAUUGAACAAGAACAAGGACAAGGACGAGGACAUUCUUCUACUUUUCUUCCCGAUCCAGUCCAGUCUAGUCUAGUACAUACCGCCCGUGAUGCAAUUGAACACUCUGUAGCCCUUCUCU